CAUACACUUCACAAAAAUCACAAAUACAGACCCAGGUAGACUCAUAGUAGCAGAAAUCUCAUACCAUAACAUCACAGUUAAACUUAUAAAUGUAUAUGCACCUACUAACCAACAAGAACGUCUGUCACUUUUCAGAAAGCUGCGACCGGCCCUCCUAGGCAACCUUCCGGUCAUCGUUGCAGGCGAUUUCAACUGUGCGCUGCAGGAUUUGGACCGUAGCCGCCCCCGGAACGACGGCUCAAGCAGGGAGCUCAUUGCCAUUAUCAAUGAACACCAAUUACAAGAUCUAGGCAGGGACCUGGUGCCCCGCUACACCUGGGUGAGUUCUGACGGUCAGUCCUUUUCCAGGAUCGACCUCCUCCUCUUAGACCAAGACCUCACAGCAGAACACACCACAUCAGCAGCCACUUUCUUUUCAGACCAUAGACAACUCACCACCACUGUACACCUACCAGACAGACAGACAAAUAGAGGGAAGGGACUUUGGAAAUUAAACACUACACUACUGACUGACAGACUUAACAUGCAAUACAUCACACACCUGGAAAAGUGGACCUCUCUCCUUGACCUAUUCGACUCCCCCAUUGAUUGGUGGGAGAUGGUCAAGGAGAGAACCAAACACUUCUACAUCAAAGCAGGCAAAACAAAGGCAAGAUGCAAAAAGGAACAACUCACCAAACUAAACAGACGACUACAGAACCAGACAGAACUACAACAAGAAGGCUUCAAUCUCGCAACUGAAAUAGCAGUCACUAAACACAAACUGGCACUCAUACAUAGACAAGAACAGCAGAAAAUCAAAUACACAAGCAAAAUCAAACACCUAGAGGACGACGAGAAAUGCACAAAAUACUUCUUCCAACACAUCAGACGUAAAAAACAAACCAUAGACACACUGAAGGACCACACCCAGACACCACAAACUGACGAACACACCAUCACAGACAUCAUCACAGACUUUUACACCAACCUGUACGCGACAAAAAGCACAGACGAUGACUUGAUCGACGGACUUCUUCAACACAUCACACCAGUACCUGACAAGGAGGAGGAGGGAGACCUGACACUGGAGGAGCUCACCCGGGCGAUGCGGUCCCUAAGUACGGGUAAGACACCGGGUCCCGAUGGGCUCCCUGCUGAGUUUUACAUAACAUUCUGGGAACAUCUCAAAGUCUGCCUGGGGGCGGUCUACAAUAGCAUGUACAGGGAGGGUAAACUAGCACCCUCCAUGACAGAGAGUGCAGUUACCCUCCUGUACAAGGGAAAAGGUGAUGCCACUGAGCUCAGGAACUGGCGCCCCAUCAGUCUCCUGGGCUCAGACUAUAAGAUCUUGGCAAAAACCCUUAUGUACCGGUUACAGAGGUCACUCCCGCCCACUAUCAGCCCUGCUAUACACCAUUGCCAUAGAACCCCUACUGGUCAGCAUACGUCACAACCCCCGCAUCACGGGCUACCCUUUACCCGGAGCACACGGCAUGACAGUCAAAACCCAGGCAUACAUGGAUGACAUUACCAUCAUCACGACAGACACAAAGUCCAUCCCACACAUCACGCACGCAAUCAACACUUUCUGCACAGCAACUGGGGCAAUAGUGAACGGGACUAAGAGCGAGGUUUAUGUAACACCGGACUGGCCAGCCGACCAGGUCCUGCCAUACCCUGUAAAAGAAACCGUAAACAUUCUGGGUGUAUGUUUUGGCAGGACCAACCCCGGACGCCGGAGCUGGAAGGACGCCCUUGCCAAGGUCAAAAAGAAAAUCGCUGGCUGGCGGGGGCGAUCCCUCACGAUGACUGGGAAGGUCCUAGUCAUUAAAGCCAUCGUUUACCCGAUCCUGGCAUACAUAGGUAAGGUUUUUCCGCCAAACAUACACACAGCAAGACAUAUCAACAAGACCAUCUACAACUUCAUCUGGGGCAGUGACCAGGAGCGGGUAAACAGGCUGACUAUGUGGAAAAAAGAGAACAAAGGGGGUAAGGGGAUCCCAAAUAUUCCACUCUACAUAGCGGUGCAGGGCCUCAGCUACAUCAUCUCCAACAUAUGCAGACAGCACAAUAAAGCCGUUUUUUUCCACACAUUCUACUUCUCAACAAUAAUCAGACCAUUGGGGCUCUGCACCCUUGACCAUCGGACCCCUUACUCCUGGGACCCCCCUCUGCACUACAAAGCACUAAAAUCCAUUAUCACCUCGCAACAGCUACACACCCACAAAAGUCAGGACUGGUCAUUCAAAACACUUAGAAAAUUCAUCACGGACAGGGACACAGUUACACUGAUACCAACAUUAACUACCGAACAAUGCACCACAGCCUGGACAAACAUAGCUUCACCUGCACUCAUGAACAGACACACGGACAUAGCGUGGAUGGCGGCCAUACGCUGCCUCCCCACCCGGCAUUUUAUGCACAAAAGGGGAAUAGCCAGAACCGACCAGUGCCCGCACGGCUGUAGAGAGAUAGAAACCGAAGACCACAUCCUCUGGCGGUGCAGGGUGGCAAAAAACAUCUGGCUCAUGACCUCUGCUCUCCUCACCAGGUUGACCGGCACGGCUGCGACGACCCUCCGGGGCAUCCUCUUCGGACCACCAGCGGGACUCCAAUCACCCCAGCAGAGGAACGCCUGGAGGGUCGUCAACGCCACAAAGCAAACCAUUUGGGACACAAGGAACAUAAAGGUUUUUCAUAAACAGGACACUCUCCCCAUCAUCACUGCCAGAAUCAUCUGGAAAACCAUCAUCGAUUACAUCACCCUGGACACCCACCGACUUGGGCAAGACAUCACCAACCGACAAUGGAACAUCAGCACCCCGAACGACAUCAUCAUCACCCCCCCCGUCACCAACCUGCCCAACCCCACCACGGUGCCCCCAACCACAAAUCCCAACACCAGCAGCCGAGCAGGGAUCAUGAGCCGCCACCUUGCACUCGACCCCUCCUACAGCCGUGCGAAGUACUGGACAUUCCAUCAACGAUAGCCGAUCUGCUACUCCACAUGGACAGAAACACAUACAUACACAUGUCAAACAGAAUAACCAUCACUUGUCACUUCAAACCGCCACUGUAUUUACAUUUCACCUUGCUUUGCCCUCCCUUAUGUUCAGUGUACGUUCAAAUGUUUUCUUUUAGUUUUUUAGCUU